CCCUCCUGUCCUGAGCGUGCACGCCACAACAUCCUGUCCCGGUUUCCGUAUCGCAUACCCCUAAGGGCAGGAGAUGCUUCCGGAUGUCCAGCUAAGAUAAAAGUAGCCUGGCCCCGUGGCUGGGUGUCCUCCGAGGCUACCCCUGGCUGACAGCUGUGGGCGAUAGAGACGCCUCCUGUGCCUUGCCUUCUCUGUAAUUGCCUCUUCCAGCAGUCAACGCUACAAGCCUCAGAGGGGCACCUCCUCCGACUUAGCAGUCAGGCCUGUGAGGCAGAAGAUUCAAAGACUUUCAACGAAGGACGAGUUCCUCGGAUGUGCCCCCUCACAGAGAGAUGAAGGGACAGCAGAAAACAGCUGAAACGGAAGAGGGGACAGUGCAGAUUCAGGAAGGUGCAGUGGCAACUGGGGAGGACCCAACCAGUGUGGCUAUUGCCAGCAUCCAGUCAGCUGCCACUUUCCCUGACCCCAACGUCAAGUACGUCUUCCGAACUGAGAAUGGGGGCCAGGUGAUGUACAGGGUGAUCCAGGUGUCCGAGGGGCAGCUGGAUGGCCAGACUGAGGGGACUGGUGCCAUCAGUGGCUACCCUGCCGCUCAAUCAAUGACCCAGGCGGUGAUCCAGGGCGCUUUCACCAGCGAUGAUGCAGUUGACACGGAGGGGACAGCUGCCGAGACGCACUAUACGUACUUCCCUAGCACCGCAGUGGGUGACGGGACAGGGGGCACCGCAUCGGGCAGUACGGCUGCAGUUGUUACUACCCAGGGCUCAGAGGCACUGCUGGGGCAGGCGACCCCUCCUGGCACUGGUCAAUUUUUUGUGAUGAUGUCACCACAAGAAGUGUUGCAGGGAGGAAGCCAGCGCUCCAUUGCCCCCAGGACCCACCCUUAUUCCCCGAAAUCAGAAGCUCCCCGGACUACCCGGGAUGAGAAACGCAGGGCUCAGCAUAAUGAAGUGGAGCGUCGCCGCCGAGACAAGAUUAACAACUGGAUUGUGCAGCUGUCCAAGAUCAUCCCAGACUGCUCCAUGGAGAGCACCAAGUCUGGCCAGAGUAAAGGUGGAAUUCUAUCCAAAGCCUGUGAUUAUAUCCAGGAGCUUCGGCAGAGUAACCACCGGUUGUCUGAAGAGCUGCAGGGGCUUGACCAACUGCAGCUGGACAAUGAUGUGCUUCGACAGCAGGUGGAAGAUCUUAAAAACAAGAAUCUGCUGCUACGAGCUCAGUUGCGGCACCAUGGAGUAGAGGUCGUCAUCAAGAGUGACAGCAACUAACUCGGGACUCAGGGCCUUUGGGCCCUAUAGCCCCUUUCUGAGAACUGCAGAUAGCCCAGGAGCAACAUGCUAACCCCAUGCCCCUCUCUUCCACUGCCCACUUCUGGCACGAGACUGGGGGGAGUUCAGAAGGCGGCUGUGUCUUUAAACUGAGGUCCUGUGAUAUAAUAGCCUGCGGAAGUGUGAAACACAAACAUGGGUGUGCACUGACAGCCUCUCUCAACCCCACCAUGCAGCCCCUGGGCCCUGUGCUCCUCUUGGACAAUGCAUGUGCUGUCUCCAUGCUGGAUGCUGGACACACUAAACUGGGGGGCUUGUCCUGUGCUUGUUUAGAGUGUCAGCAGAGGGUCUGCUGACAGAUGAUGCUCUGGCUUGCCCCAGGACUCUGGCGCUUCCACUGGUUCUUCCUUUCCCUGGAGCGCAGAUGUGCACCUGAGGACUCUGGGGAACAAGAAGUGGGGGAAAGGAUGCUUAGCCGUAGCUGCUGCCCCUGGAAGAGGAGAUGGGCCAGCAAGCAGCUAAGGCCUGUGCCUGAGUCUCUGGACAGGGAAAACAACAGGCAGAGGCCCAGUUGGGGCCUUCCCCCUCGUGGGGUUGUUUUUUUUUUUUAAAGAUAAAAUGUUCAGAGCCACA